GCAUUUCGAACAUUGAUCAUUGCCAGAUUGCCCACGUUAGCAGACGAUGUUACUUUUCACUUCAUCUCAUUCAUUGUUUUCGUUCUUUGUGAAUUUUUUAAAUGUCGUUAAUCGAGAAUGUUAAUUGGUGUUGUUUUUCGCUUCUGCUAUGUAAUGGCGAUACGAUUUCAUAUUGUUAUGAAUUUAAGGAAACUGCUUAAUUAAUGCCUAUUUCGUGUCAUUUAUUUUUUGAUUCUGGAGAAACGGACAAAACAAUUUCUUCAUUUUGUGCCGCUUGCCUGGUUCGGAUAUGACCAGUCCAGGCCGCGGUGAUCUUGGAGUAAUAGAUAGUGAAGCAUUUGAUUUCAGCCAACUUGAAGAUUACAUCAAUGAUGAUAAUGAAAACAAUAUUUAUUUCCAUGAGGCCUUAGUUACGUCUAGUGAUUUAAAAUUAACUGAAACCACCGAUAAGCCUCCUCUGUAUCUACGGAACAGUCAUCAUAGCCUACCUAAAGAUUCAACCAGCGUCCAAGUACCCGUCGAGGCCACGGAAACCCACGGCCACCCCUCACUCGGCAUCAGAUUGUCACAAGGGGCCGCGGAGACCUCCGUCCAUUCUCCGUCCACUCCAAAUGUUCUCUCCCAACAAAAGAGUAGUUUCUCUGUCAGAAAUAUUCAGAAUAAUGGGGUUGACGUCACUUCAUCUUUUACAAAACCACAUCACUUACCCGACAGCCCUCCUGACUCGGGAUCGGAACCGCCUUUCUCACCCGCUAACGAAGAUCCGAAAUUGAGGUGCCCAUCUAUAGACUUACUUCAUCACCAUCAUCAGCAUCAUCAUAGUCAUCAUCACCUUCCACAAUCAGCAGAAAUGUCCGUCCAUUCUUCGGGGUCAACAGAAGCCUUGAAGCAUCAGUAUCUUGGUUAUGGGCACAAUUUGCCCCUUAAGCACUUGACAGAAACCGCCAUAUCUUCUUCAACCUCCCCUACGUCAUCCUCAUCAUCUCCUCACCGUCCUAUUCUCGAGAGUCCAGUUCCAGUUCACUCUACCCAUUCAAUAUCAAUGCCCGUCCUAGCUCCAGGGCCAGCAAAUUCCUUUGCUGGACAGUUCCUCACACAAAUAGCACCAUCAGUUUUAACUGCAUUCAAUGGAAAUGCCCUACACCAACCUUUAUUAGCAGCGAGCAAUACGCAUCUAGGUCAUCUUUAUUCUGGAAGCGAAGAAUAUAUCUACGAUAGUUUAACAAAUCCCGUUUCCUCGACGACAAACAAUAAAAAACGGAAAUUAACUGAUUCCCCGAAAUCGCAACGGAAUCAGCAAAGCAAUAAUGGAGUACAAGUCAAAACAGAACCUAACGUACCCUCUCCUGAUCCAACACCUGCUGGACUGCCGUCUAGUGAAGAUGAUUACGGCUUCGAUUUAAGCGCAGCUGAAACUAAUGCCAUGUUUGUAGAUUCCAGCUUCCAAUGCAUACGGUUUCAACCUUUCCAACAAAACACGUGGGCACAGUUACUAGACAAAGAUUUAAAAGAAAUCCCUUCUCCAAACUUCCGAGUAGAUGCAGACAAGGGUUUUAAUUUCAGCAACGCAGAUGAAUCCUUUGUAUGCCAAAAAAAGAACCAUUUCCAAGUGACAGUACACAUCCAGCCAUUGGGAGUUGCCCAUUUUGUGAGAACUCCGGAAGGGAAUAAGCUCAUUGAGAAAUUUUCUCUCAAUUUCCAUGGAGUAAAGAUGGAAUCUCCAACGCAAACGAUAAAAGUAGAACAAUCUCAAUCCGACAGAAGUAAAAGACCUUUCAAUCCAGUUCCACUGGAACUUAUACCUGAACAAGUGACAAAAACAACAGUUGGAAGGCUUCAUUUUAGUGAGACGACUUCCAAUAAUAUGAGAAAGAAAGGCAAGCCGAAUCCGGAUCAAAGGUUCUUCUUUCUUGUGGUUAGCCUCUGUGCCCACGUAGCUGAUGAUGUACCUGCGACAAUCAUUGCCCACUCGUCAGAGAAAAUUAUUGUCAGGGCUUCUAAUCCAGGUCAAUUUGAAAAUGAUAUGGAAUUAUCAUGGCAAAAAGGACAUACUCUAGAUUCUAUAUUCCAUAAUGGAAGAGUAGGUAUUAAUACAGACAGACCGGAAGAAUCUCUCGUUGUCCACGGCAAUAUAAAAGUAACGGGGCACAUACUACAGCCAUCAGAUAUUCGAGCGAAAUUCGGCUUGCAUGAGCUGGAUACAAAAGAACAACUUAAAAAUGUUGCCAAUCUUAGAAUUGUCAGGUAUCGCUACUUACCAGAAUUUGGGGAUCGCAUGGGGCUGAAGCAGCUAUCAGAUACCGGUGUCAUUGCUCAAGAAGUGCAGCAUGUCUUGCCAGAUGCCGUCAUUGAAGCUGGGGAUGUGCUUCUAAAAGAUGGGCAGCUUAUUGAGAAACUGCUAGUUGUAAAUAAGGAGCGUAUAUUCAUGGAAAAUGUUGGAGCAGUCAAAGAAUUGUGUAAAGUAACUGAUAACUUGGAGAACAGGAUUGGUGAAUUAGAAAGAAUCAACAAAAAACUGCACAAGAUAAAGAGAAAAGACAGUCUCAAAUCCACGUCUACAGAUAUCAGUCGCAUGAGCAGCGUGGUGUCUCAUGGAAAACAAAGAUGUCGCCAUACUUACAACAAGCAAUAUCCUAACGGUCACAAAGCAUCAUGUACCAGUCAUUUCAUUCAAUCCUCAAUCAUCGUUCUCGUAGUCAUCAUGGCCUGCUGCCUCAUGGCUUUAGCAACAUUGUAUGUUAUGGAAUGGCAGAACAGAAGACAUUCAGACUUCAGGAGCUCUGUCGUUUUUCAAGUAAAGAGCACAUCUCCAAGAAGUAUAAAUUUUACGAUAGAAGAUAUUUCAAAGUUUUCUACUUUAUUUCCUAUUGCAACGCAAUCUCAAAAAAUUUCUACUAUUUUUAAGAAACCAGUCACAGACAAUGCCAAAGAACAAAAGAAACUAAGCACUAGGUCCUAUUCUCCCGUAGUGACUUCUAAACCCGAUGAAGAAACAUUCUACGGAGACUGCGCUUCAAGCGAAUGUCCUAUUUUUUGCUGUGAUCCGUUCGCUGAUCUUCACAAUGAAGACGACAUCUUAGAUAAGCAAGAUGAUGCCAUUCCACACGUGGAGAUGAAACGAAGUGGCAAUAACGUGAAAGUCGAAGAAUUGAAGACGUUAUCUUCUUCCCUGAAUCUUACCCAUAAUUUAAGAAAUGAUUUUCAUGAAUCUACUCAUUCUUCUAAGGGUUUACAUAACAAUGACGCAUCUAAAUCAUCACUGCAAAAAAUCAGAAAAAGAAUGAUAGAUGCUGAUGAUGAAAAUCUAAAUAAUGAUGAAUCUUUCAUAACAGAUUAUAAUACGAAAGCUCUUCUGCACAUUGUGGAAUUAAAUACAACACUCACACCUGAGCUGUGUUCUGAAAAAAGGUUAGAUGGAACAUCUGCCAUUUACAUUUACUGUCCUAUUUACAUAUCAAGACAUUUUCCUCAUCCGAAUGUUACUCUUCAGUUUAGAACUGAAGAGGAUGAUACCGUCCAAUAUUGUGGUGGAAGCCAUUUUAUAUCUUGCCCGCGAGAAAUAUCAGAUGACGAUAAAGCACUCGAAUCCAAUAGGAUAUUUAAAAGGGAUAUAAUUUCACAGAGUCAUUCCUGGCAACUACCUGUUGGUUCCUUUAUCCGAAGUCGAUAUCGCUUCCGGUUGCUGUCUCGAGAAUUCGUUACGGAGCAAUCAGUCUGUUCCUACGAUUCAAACUACCGUCCUUUCACUGAAUAUAUUUUGACAUUCCAGAGAAAAUGUGACAAAUGAAGACGUAUUUUUUAAUAUUUAUACUGACCAAAAUGCCAUGUAUAUAAAGAAACAAGCAUCUGAUUUCAAAAAAGGAACUAUUCUUUUGAAAUAUAAUAUCUUAAUUUAUAUACAAGUAUUAACGUGAAAUAAAAAACGUCGGACAGCACCAAAACAGUAUUAAAACAUUUUUUAAACGACGUUUCUAAGAAAUUUAUGAAAGAAAUGACUCUGAAAUAUCUCUGACGAUAUUUUCUUUUAUUUAAUUUUUUUCAAAUGUCAUUAAUCAAUGAAAUAUUGUUAUUGAAAAAGAAUAUAAUUGUAUCAAUAAUUAAUAGAAUAGUAUUUGCUAUAGGAUAUUAUGUUUUGCAAUUUUAAUUAAUAAAAUCAACCGUACUUA